GCGGCGGUGCGCACGCAGGCACGCACGCAGCUGGUCGCGGGGGCGUGCGCGGACAUUUUGUCGGGGUCGCGGACGCGGUGCAGGGAGAAAGCGGGAGAUGUGAGGGAGCCGGGCCCGGGACAGGGACAGGGACCGGAGAGGGACACGGCAGGCCGGGCCGGGGCGGGGCGGUGGGUGUGAGCGUUCCGGGCCCGGGGGCUGUACAUUUACCGAUUACUGAGGAUCCGGUGGCGCGGAGCCUGGGUGCCGGCCUGCCGCUGCUCUCAGGCCGCUGUUGUUCCCCGAGCCGGUGUCAGCGUCCCCCUCGGCCCAGGCAGCGAGCGGGGGUGCAGAGAGUAGGCCUCCCCUCGGAGCCCGGCCCCGGCCCCGGCCCCGGCCCCGGCCCACCAUGAUGUGCGAGGUGAUGCCGACCAUCAGCGAGGACACGCUGAGCCCCCGGGCUUCACAGUGCGGCACCGACACCGAGGCCAACUUCGAGCAGCUGAUGGUGAACAUGCUGGAUGAGAGGGACAAGCUGCUGGAGAGCCUCCGGGAGAGCCAGGAGGCGCUGGCCCUGUGUCAGGCCAAGAUGCAGGAGGCCUUCCAUGAAAGGGACUCGCUACAGAGGCAGCUCAACACCGCCUUACCUCAGGAGUUUGCAGCACUCACAAAAGAAUUAAAUGUAUGCAGAGAGCAUCUCCUGGAAAGAGAGGAAGAAAUUUCUGAACUGAAAGCAGAAAGAAACAACACUCGGCUGCUUUUAGAACACCUCGAGUGUCUCGUUUCCCGACACGAGCGAUCACUCAGAAUGACAGUAGUGAAGAGACAAGCUCAAUCACCUGCAGGAGUUUCAAGUGAAGUAGAAGUUCUGAAAGCACUCAAAUCGUUAUUUGAGCACCAUAAAGCUUUAGAUGAAAAGGUACGAGAGCGGUUACGAGUAGCACUAGAAAGAGUUAGUGCUUUAGAAGAAGAAAUAGUAGUUAGAGAGAAAGAGAUCUCAUUAUUUAAAGAGCAGCACACACUUACUCAGAAGAAAGGUGCAACAGAUCCACUAGAAGAUGAAAAGCGUGACAGUGAAAAUACACCAAGCACGAAUGGCAUGAGAUUUUCUAAUUGUUCCAUAAACCAUGAAGAAGAUUCAAUUAAAGUAAUAGAGCUUCAGGAGACAAUAGAUAAACAAAACAAGGAGCAAGGGCAGUUAAAGGAUCGAUUGGCUGCUCUCUCUAGUAGGGUGUCAGAACUUGAAGAGGAUCUGGAUACAGCUCGCAAAGACUUAAUUAAGUCUGAGGAAAUGAACACUAAACUUCAGAGGGACUUGCGUGAGGCCAUGGCCCAGAAAGAUGAUAUGGAGGAAAGAAUAACAACUCUUGAAAAACGCUACCUCAGUGCACAACGUGAAUCCACGUCUGUACAUGAUCUCAAUGAUAAACUUGAAAAUGAACUCGCCAAUAAAGAUGCUUUAUACAUACAGAGUGAAGAGAAGAACCGUCAGUUGCAAGAACGGUUGGAACUUGCUGAACAAAAGCUGCAACAAACUCUCCGAAAGGCAGAAACACUACCAGAAGUAGAAGCAGAGUUGGCACAGAGAGUGGCAGCUCUUACAAAGGCUGAAGAAAGGCAUGGAAAUAUUGAAGAAAGGUUACGACAGUUGGAGGCACAGCUUGAAGAAAAGAAUCAAGAAUUACAACGAGCUCGACAGAGGGAAAAGAUGAAUGAAGAACACAAUAAGCGUUUAUCGGACACAGUAGAUAAACUCCUGUCAGAAUCCAAUGAAAGACUUCAGCUUCACCUAAAGGAAAGGAUGGCUGCAUUAGAGGAAAAGAAUUCCCUUAUCCGGGAGCUUGAAAAUACAAAGCAGCUAAUUGAAGAAACACACCAUGAAAAGAAUAAAUUGUUAGCUGAGAAUGAUCAAUGGCGAGUGAAAGCUGCUUCUUUUGGAGACGCUCUGCACCAUAGCAGGUCACAUUUAGGUAGUCCCUCUGAUUUUAGGUACCCAAUAACAUCUGCGUCAGAGGUAGACAAACACCCAGACCAAUACAGCGGUGCAUCAGUAUUACGUAGAACUCAGAAGGGCCGCUUAGCAGCUUUAAGAGAUGAACCUUCAAAGGUUCAGACAUUGAAUGAGCAAGAAUGGGAGCGUGCACAACAAGCUAGUGUCUUGGCAAAUGUAGCCCAGGCCUUUGAGAGUGAUGCUGAAGUAUCCGAUGCAGAAGAUGAUAGAGAGACAAUAUUCAGCUCUGUCGACCUGCUGUCACCAAGUGGUCAGGCAGAUGCCCAGACUUUGGCUAUGAUGCUUCAAGAACAGUUGGAUGCUAUCAAUAAUGAAAUAAGGCUGAUCCAGGAAGAAAAGGAGUCAACACAGCAGAGGGCAGAAGAGAUCGAAAGCCGGGUUGGAAGUGGUAGCCUGGAUGGUCUGAAUCUUUGCCGAUACAGAGGGGGUACGCUUCCCGCCUCAUUUACGGGUUCGUCCCUCGCUAGUUCCUCUCCACCUGGAAGUGGACACUCCACGCCAAGACGGACCCCUCGAAACCCUGCUCAUGAGAUUGACAGGCUUGGUGUCAUGACCUUGCCUAGUGAUUUAAGAAAGCAUCGUAGGAAGCUGGCGAAGGAGGAUACUCGAGAAGACAAAACGACAAUAAAGUGUGAAACCUCCCCACCUUCCACACCAAGGUCCAUUCGAUUGGAGAGGUUGAACCAAGGUGCCUCUCUCACAGUCAGUCAGGAGGAUAUUCGGGACAUAAGAAGUUCAACUGGGUCACAGGAUGGCCAAGUCAGCAAUCCCAGUAGCAGCAACAGCAGUCAAGAUUCUCUUCACAAAGCUCCCAAAAAGAAAAGCAUAAAGUCAUCUUUUGGGCGCCUGUUUGGUAAGAAAGAGAAAGGUCGGCUUGGGCAGCCCAGCAAAGAUCCCACAGGGCAAGCUGGCAUACCUGAUAUGGAAACCUGUCCUCAGGAUACCUUAGGACUCAGUAAACUUGGCCAAGCAGAAAAAGAUAGAAAGUUGAAAAAGAAUAGUAAAUCAGGGACCGAGUUGUUGGAAGAAGCACGAAGACAAGGUCUCCCGUUUGCACUCUGGGAUGGGCCCACAGUCGUUGUGUGGUUGGAGCUUUGGGUUGGAAUGCCGGCAUGGUAUGUAGCAGCUUGUAGAGCCAACGUAAAAAGUGGUGCUAUUAUGUCGGCCUUAUCAGACACUGAAAUACAACGUGAGAUUGGAAUCAGUAAUCCACUCCACAGAUUAAAAUUACGUCUAGCUAUCCAGGAGAUGGUAUCACUCACUAGUCCUUCAGCACCUGCAACAUCUAGAACGUCCACUGGAAAUGUCUGGUUAACACAUGAAGAAAUGGAAACUCUUGCUGCUGCACCUCAAACGGAUGAUGAAGAGGGCAGCUGGGCCCAGACCUUAGCAUAUGGGGACAUGAAUCAUGAGUGGAUCGGCAAUGAGUGGCUUCCUAGCUUGGGUUUACCUCAGUAUCGCAGUUACUUUAUGGAAUGUCUGGUUGAUGCUCGAAUGCUGGACCAUUUGACAAAAAAAGAUCUUCGGGGGCAACUCAAAAUGGUUGAUAGUUUUCACAGAAAAAGCUUACAUUGUGGAAUAAUGGCUUUAAAAAGACUAAAUUAUGAUCGUAAGGAGCUGGAAAGGAGGCGUGAAGAUAGCCAACAUGAAAUUAAAGAUGUUAUGGUGUGGACUAAUGAGCGAGUGAUACGCUGGGUGCAGUCAAUUGGACUUAAGGAAUAUGCCAAUAAUCUUUUAGAAAUUGGAGUUCACGGUGGACUAAUUGCUCUAGAUGAACUUUUUGAUUACAAUGCAUUAGCUCUAUUGUUACAGAUACCAACACAAAACACACAGGCACGCCAAUCAUUGGAGAGAGAAUUUAACAAUCUCUUGGCACUUGGAACAGACCGGAGACUAGAUGAUGAGGAUGAAAAGGGUUUCAGAAGAGCACCUUCUUGGAGAAAAAAGUUCCGACCAAAGGACGUAAGGGGUAUGACACCUGGAUCAGCAGAGACAUUACCUGCUAAUUUUAGAGUUACCUCAACAAUGUCUUCACCUUCCGUGCAGCCAAAGAAGAUGCAAACUGAUGUUCAUUCGCACUAUUUCAACUGAUGACUGCACAGCAUUCAAAGCCUUCAUGCAGUAAUUAUACAUCACACGAGUUGCUGACAAAGCUGGGGAAUCUGUGAUGUAGCAAUAUUUCUAACUUGGACUUAAUAUUUUAAUACAGAGAUUUAAACUAGUUGAACCACAGCUCAUGAUAUCCUAGAUAUAAAGUUUUAGAAUAAAUGUUUCUUAUAUUUAUGUAAACCUGUUUCAAUAUUGAUUUAUUGUAGAUCAGGCACCUAGCUUUAACUACGUACCCUCGCUUAGAACAGUUUUAUAACUAUGUACAAUCUUUCUUAAAUCAGUUUUCUUUACUCUUAAUCAUGUUAUUUUUUUCAAAGAAAUGUAUCAUAUGUCUGUAUGUAUUCAUCCCUAUGAGAAUUGUGGGGGUUUUGUAAAUCAUUGUGUAAUUACUACAAAUAUUCAGAUUUUUUUAUAAAGUUGAGGACAAAACUGUGGGUGUAGUGGCAUUUUCAUGCUUUUUUUCCCCCAAAAGAAACUGCAUGCUGACAGCACUGUGUGUUAAUGUUGUAGUUAGUCUGAAGUCUGUAAUUAAAUUUUUUUUAAACCAUCAGUUCUCAUCUUUUAAAUUGUAAAUGCUUGUCCAUUUUUUGCAGUAUGGCUAAUAAUGAAUAGAUGGACAGGAGAAGAGGUAAAGCCACAGAUAUAUAGAAGUAUUGAGGAAUAGUGGGGGUGGGGGGGUGAAUGCAAGAGGCUGACCUCCUGUUACAACUUGAAUGCUAUUUCCUCUCUAAUUUUUAAGAAAAGGCUGGUUUAACCUUUCAGUGGACCAAUAUCGAUGACCGUGGUGUCAAUUAAUACUAUUGAGAAGUAUAAGAAGCGGGGUACUUUUUAAAAGAAAAUGAAAGCCUUAUUUAUUUUUCUUGAAAUAUGGUUUGCUUUUUUGCAACCCUUUCCUAAUCUAUAGAUACUGUGCAUAUUCCUUUUUAAAAGGCCACCCAUAUAUAGGAGAUCGGAAAGAUGUUGUCAUGGCUUUAUUAAGAGUGUUCAGUAUUUUUGAGUAAAUCACCAAGGUGUCAGCUGCAGUUUGUUGGUAUUAUAGUGAGUUAUGUCUUGUGUACCAACACAUUGUAAAUCUGUCCAAAACUCUUGUGGUCAAUUUUUAAUAUAUGUUGGCCUGAAUAAUGUACUGUUAUUUGUCCAAUAUUUUGCAGUUCUGAGUUUUUCCUCUGCCUUCUUGUAACAAAUUAUGUACAGUCUAUACAGUACUUUGAACUAUUUUUAUCACAGUAUUUAUUGCUUUCUUUCAAUAAAAUACUUAAACUUUUAUUUUCCACUGCCAAUAAACAAAAAUGAAAACCACA